GGAAAGACAGCCGCAGAGUGCAAUGGAAUUGCGAGUUGGAUUGAGGUAAUCCAGAGGGCUUUCAUAUUCUCUUUUAAGAAAAAAUCGAUUUCACCAAUCCAAAAAUCUUUGAAGCUAGAUAAUUCUGUAUCAAGCGUGGAAGAAUAGAGGCUGUUAAAGUAAUGCAAAUUGUCAAUCGAUACCAUUUUCAGAUGAGGCUAUCAAUUGACAGAAUAACACUCUUACAAUGAUCUUCAUGAUAAAGUGGGAGAAAAAUCGCAAGCACGUACUACAACUACCUUUAUGAAAGUACGAUUUUAUGUUUGGACAUUCUCUUUGACAUAUUUAGCUUCUACUCAAUACCAUUUGAAAAGUAACUCAACUUUCUCCAGCCAUAAUUUUUUCACAUUUUGUCUUUUUUUUUUUUCAAGUUUAUCACCCCCUCCAGGUUCCGCAUUUGCGUGAAGGAACUGUUCAUCCAGCAUUACGAUCCAUUGUUGGUAUCCUAUGCAGUACUAUCAGGCUAG